AUGAAAGGAACAAUCCCGUCGAUUAGCUUGCUUACAAUCAUGCUGAGGAGGACAGUCUCGAAGCAAUUCAAAAGGAGUCUGGCUACCGUGCCUCCCAAAACUCAAGUCUCUGUGCUUCCAAAUGGCCUAACGGUAGCAAGUGAAAGGAUACCGAACACUUCAAGUGCAACUGUCGGAAUUUUUGUUGAUGCGGGAUCUAGAGCGGAAAAUAUUCGCAAUAACGGAACAGCACAUUUUCUCGAACACUUGGCGUUCAAGGGAACACAGAAAAGGAGCCAAACUACCAUUGAGCUUGAAAUCGAGAACAUUGGAUCGCAUUUGAACGCUUACACAUCAAGAGAAAACACAGUGUACUAUGCAAAAACACUAGAGGACAAUAUACCUGGUGCCGUUGAUAUCCUGAGUGACAUUCUCACCCGAUCAGUUUUGGAUAAGAAAGCUAUAGAGCGCGAAAGAGAUGUGAUCAUUCGUGAAAGUGAAGAAGUUGAUAAAAUGUACGAUGAGGUUGUGUUUGACCACUUACAUGCUAUCACUUAUAAAAAUCAACCCCUCGGCCGGACGAUAUUGGGUCCAAUCGAGAAUAUCCGGACAAUCAAAAGAGACGAUUUGAAAGAAUACAUCGACAAAAACUACACCGGCGAUCGAAUGGUUCUUGUAGGUGCAGGUGCGGUAAACCACUCAAAGCUUAUAGAAUAUGCUAAAAAACACUUUGGUCAUGUCAGGGGGUCAGACUCUCCCAGCCCCCUUGGAUCACCUCGUGGCCCUUUGCCUGUAUUUCAUGGGGACGAACUGAAGAUACAGGAAGAUUCGCUUCCAAACACACAUAUAGCGCUCGCUGUGGAGGGCGUUUCUUGGUCUGCACCUGAUUACUUUGCAGCUUUAGCUACGCAGGCCAUUAUCGGGAACUGGGAUCGCACCGUGGGAACAGGCACCAAUUCGCCGUCCCCGUUAGCUGUGGUAGCAUCACAAGGCCCUACUCUAGCCACGUCAUACAUGUCUUUCUCGACAUCAUAUGCGGAUUCCGGCUUAUGGGGAAUGUAUAUCGUGACAGAUUCGAAGGAGCAUGACAUCAAGUUGAUUAUUGAUGAAGUUUUGAAAGAGUGGAAAAGAAUUAAAGAUGGUCAUAUAUCAGAUGACGAGGUAAAACGAGCAAAAGCGCAACUCAAGGCGUCUCUCCUUUUGUCAUUAGACGGUUCAACCGCUAUUGUGGAAGACAUAGGAAGACAACUGGUCACAACGGGCAAACGCUUGUCUCCGGAAGAAGUAUUCGAGCAAGUUGAUAAAAUCUCGAAGAAUGACAUCAUUGCGUGGGCGAAUUAUAAAUUGAAAGACAAACCUAUUUCUUUGGUAGCCUUGGGCAAUACGAAAACCGUGCCUCAGCUGAGCUACAUCAAUAACCAGCUGAAUUUGUAA